GUGAAGGUUAUGAGUUUAUACAAGCACUUUAUGUACAACUUCGAUAUGGCGGACUUUGAGUAGAUGUUAUUACAAUAUUGUAGCGCUAGUUUUCUCUAUGAUAUCGCGGGCCAGUCUUGGUUGAGCACAGCCACUGCUCCAAAUAACCCUUGUAGUGACGCCAAUUGACGGGAUGUCUCCGGCCAUAACCAUCCACCAUUAUAUCAAAAUUUAAGCCGUGCUUCUAGCCAUGCUCAUCUUCUCGGUCUUCAAAACACUGACAGAUCAACGAGUAACCGUCGAGUUGAAGAACGAUCUCUCGAUUACAGGAGUCUUGAAGUCGGUAGAUCAAUUUCUCAAUAUCCGUCUAGAUUCGAUCAAUGUACUGGACGAGGCGAGACACCCACACAUGAUGGCGGUGAAAAACUGCUUUAUCCGUGGUUCCGUUGUGAGGUAUGUGCAGCUCCCUGCAGAACACGUCGAUACUCAGCUGCUGGAGGAUGCGACGCGACGAGGUCGCUGCUCAAGGAAAACGGUGACGAAUGUCUCCCGUCUGCUGGAGGUCCAGCACGCGAGAUUCUACAGGGACUCAUAUAACAGAUACAUUAUUGGAUGAUCGAGUAUUGAGCCUCCUUCUACAUACGUGUACAUUAUCCUACCUGAUAUCACAGCGAUUCCUGUGCUCGAACAUAAGCCAAAGUCUGCCAAUUUCGCAAUUGACCG